UUGGUUUUUCUACCUCAUUUGCAUCUUCUCGCUCUCUCUAUCUCUGAAAAAUCCAUCUCCGCGCAGAGAGAUACCAAAAAAAAAAGGGUACGGUUUGAUCCAAACACAGAACACUUCAUAACAUAAACCCAACUCACACACACACACACACACUCUCUCUCUCUCCUCCAAAACUCUCUAUCUUUCUCUCUCUUCAACUCUGUGAACUGUGAAAACGUAGCUCAGCUCCAAGACAAUAAUUAGAAGAAGAAGAAAAAAGAGAGAGUAAAAUCAAGCCGUUAAGAUCAGAAAAGGCUCAGAUUAAAGAAAUAGUUAUUGGGUUUUCAGGGAAGGAGAUACCAGAUCUUCUUUCCAUGUUUUAAUACAUAUUUUCUUUGCUAUAAACCCUCGUAUAAGGUUCAAGAAACAAGAUGUGCAUUUGUUUGUGAAGGCUAGGCGCUGGCUCUGGGAGAUUUUUGGGACUUUGGGGCGGUUGAAAAUGGAGGGUUGACAUUGGCUUUUUGUUUGGGUGAAUCAGGGUUCGAUUUCUUUUGGGUUUUUCUUUUUGGGUAGGAGGGUUUGGUUGAGAUGGGAAGCGCCGGUGAGACCAGUAACAAGGGCAUUGACCCGUCGGUAGGCGGGUUGGUUUGGGUCCGCCGCAGAAACGGGUCAUGGUGGCCCGGUAGGAUAAUGGGUCUCGAUGAGUUGUCUGAGAGUUGCUUAGUUUCGCCGAGAUCGGGUACCCCUGUAAAGCUUCUGGGUCGCGAGGACGCAAGCGUAGAUUGGUAUAACCUUGAAAAAUCGAAGAGGGUGAAAGCUUUUCGAUGUGGAGAGUAUGAUGACUGUAUUGAAAAAGCAAAAGCGUCUGCAGCUAGUUCUAAUAAGAAGGCAGUAAAAUAUGCACGGAGAGAAGAUGCCAUUCUCCAUGCUCUUGAGAUUGAGCAUGCUCGACUGGGGAAAGAUCGUACAGACUGUAGUCCUAGAAUGGAUAGUUUGGGUGGUGAGAAUGGUAGUUCGGCCAGGGAAUCACCUUCCAUGUCUCAUUCUGGCAAUGGAAAUGGCAAUAUGGAUGAUUAUGUGAGUGAUUCAAAAGAGAAUUCAGAUUCAGCCCUGGAAUUAUCUCAAUCUGGUAUAUCUUUUGAAGAGCCAAAUCAUAUCAGUUCUUCUAAAGUGCAAUCUGUGCAGGGAAGGAGGAGAACCCCAAAUGAUUCAGAGGAUGAUGGAACAGAAGGAGUUAAGCGAAUGAGAGGGCUUGAGGAUCUGGGAGUUGGUACAGCAUCGAAAAGAAAGGUCCAGGCUGGUGGUCUACUUGAGCUAGUUCAACAAGACAAUGCUUCACUAUCGGAUUCAAACAAUGGGAACUGUGUGUCUAAUGGAACUACUGCAAAUGGUAGUAAAGGUAACUCUUCUCUGAAAAGAAAGAGAACUCCAGUGGCAAAUGUCCAUGAGUUCUUGAAAAAGAAAAACCGUCGGCGUCCACUCACAAAGGUUUUGGAGAGUACAGCUAUGGUUUCUGUUCCAGUUAAUUGUGACCAAGCUCCCAAUUCAUGUGGUUCACCUCUCCAGGGGUUAUCUGAUGGCAGGGUUUCUGGACUAGAAUCUACUGAAUCAAAGAGAAGUCUCUCUGUGGUGGCCAACAACAAUGCAGACUGUAAUGGAGGUUCAUGUGAGAAUGGGACCUCUUUAAAUACUUCAGAACCUGCUUGUGAUACUUCCCAUAUCAACAAGCUGAAAGAAAAUGAAAAUUCCAGCCUGUCUGGAUUUGUUGAGAAUGAUUCUUCUGAAAGAUUAAUCGAUGUGCCAUUCAGUGGAGAGCAAAAGCCCUCUGCAGGUGUUUCUCCUGUAGUUGUUUCUUGUUCAUCCGAAAAACCUCAAAAUGGUGCAUUGAGAAGGCAAUCUAGUCAAAUUAGUCAGGCAGAAGCUGUAUCAUUGAGAAACGAGGGCAUUAACGAGACUGGUUGUACCAGUUCAGAAGCUGUCCAUACUGACAUGGAGCAGAGGAUGGAGAAAGGCACUUCAAAGUGGCAGUUGAAAGGCAAGAGGAAUUCAAGACAAACAAGUAAAAAUAGAAAAGAAGAGUCAAGAAAGCACGUUGACAUGGAUGAUGAAUCCAAUGUUUAUUCAGCAGGUACAGAACAGUUGGAUGGACUUCCUCAGGGUUUCGAUAAAAAAAUUGAUUGCAAUGGCGUUAGUGGGUCCUCGGGUUUGUACAACUGUGCUUUACAGGCUAAGUCCAAACCAGUUGCUGAAGACCAGGGAGAUGGUCCCCAUGGCUGGGGCAAACAUCUGUCUGAAAGGAAACCGAGCACGAAAGAGCCAACUCCUGAGAUGAAGGUUUCGCAAGAUGGUUUGUUGCCACCUCAACGAUUACUUCCUUAUCGUCAAUCCCGCUUUACGGUUCACUCUAGAUAUCGGAUGUCAGAUUUUUCCACCAGAAAUGGUCCAUCUGAUUCCUCAUUACAUGAUGUAAAGGUUGAGGUGAAAGCCAACUAUAGGCCACCUCAUGUUCCAUUGGUUUCCCUGAUGAGUAAGUUGAAUGGUAAAGCUAUUGUAGGCCACCCUCUUGCGGUGGAGGCAUUGGAGGAUGGCCACUGCGAUACUCUAUUGAGCAGAGUGGAGCGCAUUCCGGUGGAAGGUGGUGGUCGAAUGAGUUAUGGUAAGCGAACUUCAGUACGUGGAAGAAUUCCAACAAAGCAUCAUAUGAUUUUGCAGCGGCGUUCGCCUAAUAAAUCAACCAAAACAAAGAAAUCUGGGCUUUUGACCAAAAAGAUAAGGAAACUAUCUUCACUGACGGGUAACAAGAAAUCUGAAGAGAGGAAAGCAGUGGUAUUGAAACCAAAGGGGCCUGUAAUAGCUUGCAUUCCCCUCAAACUAGUAUUUAGCAGAAUAAACGAAGCAGUGAAUGGCUCGGCACGACAAACACAUCGUGGUUAAGAGCAGCAGGCAUUUCAUGAAAGUUGCUUCUUUGUCUUCUUGAGAAAAUGUAAUAGUUGCUGCUAAAACUACAUGGUUGGUUUGGUACCCAUGAAUUAGAUUUGACCCCUUUGGCAGUGGUGGGGUGUUGAUUCAGUUCUCCCAGCAUUUGCUUCCCUCUCAUCUUUGACCAUGUUUUGUUGGCAGCAUUAAUAUACCCAUUUCCAUUUGUACAAUUUCACACCUUUUUUUUUAGUAAUUUGUAGAAAGAGAACUGGUAGUAUUACGAUUAAUGGAGGCUGUUUUUUGGGCUCUGUA